UUAUUUUGCCUACCAAAACAUUCUCCUUAACUUCAGUGUGAGGUUGGGUAAGUUAGCAAGGUAACAGAAGGGCUUACGAUGCUAAACUUUGUCGACACUUAAGCUCAUUAAAGUAGCCGUGAAAGUAAGAAGGAGGACACUUUUUUAUGGUACAUUCAUAGGAUUCAUAGGAGUUUGUUUCGUAAUUUCGCUCGUUAACCGUUAUAACUGUUACCGGGUCUGUUUGGCUGCUCGAGACCUUGGUUAGUCUGACGUUAGCUUGACCUGCUGCUCUAUAUUAGCCUUCAUUAAGUCAGAAAAAGCGUAUGUAAAGAUUUAUUCAGGGGGAAAAGAACCGUCUCCUGCCGUUCGUAGUGCUGAUGCCUCGUUUGGAGCCUAACGGCAGAGGGACAAAAAGACCGAAAUUAGACUGGACGUUUGUCCAGAGGUUCUGCAGCAUCCAGAAGGUCCUGUUCCCAUCAUGGAGGAGCCAGAGUGCUCUGAUGUUUGGGACGCUGCUUGCUGUCACCCUAACAGAGCAGCUGAUCAUUUACCAAGUGGGUGUCCUCCCCAGCCGCUUCUACAACGUGCUGGCAGACAAAGAUUACUCUGGUUUCAAGAGUCUGGUGGGCACAGCUAUGGUGCUCAUUUUGAUAAACUCCACAAUGAAAAGUCUUGACCAGUACAUUUGCAACCAGAUGUAUGUCAGAUGGAGGAAGACGCUAACUGAGAGCCUCCAUACAGCGUACUUCCAGGGACGAGUCUAUUAUACACUCAACGUACUCAGAGAGGACAUAGACAACCCAGAUCAGCGAAUCAGUCAGGAUGCAGAGAGGUUGUGUAAGCAGAUGAGCACAAUGGCCAGUCGUUUGAUUGUGUCACCAUUCACACUGACUUACUACACUUACCACUGCUUUUAUAGCACCGGCUGGAUCGGUCCUGUCAGUAUCUUUGGCUACUUUGUGAUUGGGACCAUUGCCAAUAAAAUCCUCAUGGGGCCAAUUGUGUCCACUCUGUUUGAGCAAGAAAAACUAGAAGGUGACUUCAGAUUCAAGCACAUGCAGAUCCGUGUCAAUGCAGAGUCUGCCGCUUUUUACAGAGCUGGUAAAGUGGAGCACAUGAGGACUGACCGACGACUGCAGGUUCUGCUGCAAACUCAAAAGAGUCUAAUUAACAAAGAGCUCUGGCUUUAUAUUGGGGUAAACACCUUCGACUACCUUGGAGGUUUCCUCAGCUACAUUAUAAUCGCCAUUCCCAUCUUCACUGGUAUCUAUGAUGGUCUCACUCCUGGUGAGCUCAGUGCGCUCAUCAGUAAGAACGCCUUUGUCUGCAUCUACUUGAUAAAUGGCUUCUCGCAGCUAAUAGACCUGUCAACCACUCUGUCAGAUGUGGCUGGAUACACCCACAGGAUUGGGCAGCUGAAGGAGGUGAUGGAUGACAUUCUACGCACGCAGUGUGACUAUGACCCUGCGUCAGGGGAGAGCUACGACUUUGACAGUGAUUUCAACAUCCACGGAGGCCCUGUGGAUACCGCCUUCAUCCUAGACCAUCUUUCAUACAAAUCUCCUGAUUCAGACCAGCUGCUGGUGAAAGAUCUGAGUCUGAAAAUCAGCCAGGGCGUUCAUCUACUGGUGGUGGGGAACACGGGCACGGGCAAGACGUCACUACUGAGGGUCCUCAACCGACUCUGGGAGGCACACAGCGGUUUUGUCCAGAUGACCACAUGUUUUGGGCCCAGAGGAACCCUCUUCCUGCCACAGAAACCUUACCUGACUGACGGCACGCUUCGUGAGCAGGUGAUCUACCCAUUGAAGGAUAUUUAUCCUGCAUCAGGGUCAGUCGAUGACGACAGAAUUUUACAGUUCCUGGAACUAGCUGGAGUGUCCAGUAUCCUGAAGCGGACAGGCGGGCUGGAUGAAAGAGUGGACUGGAACUGGUAUGACGUUCUGUCUCCAGGUGAAAUGCAGCGUCUCUGCUUCGCUCGGCUCUUCUACCUGCAGCCUAAAUAUGCAGUGUUGGAUGAGGCCACCAGUGCUUUGACGGAGGAGGCAGAAGCACAGCUGUACCGAACCUGUAAACAGCUCGGCAUGACUUUGGUCAGUCUGGGACACCGUAGCAGCCUGGAGAAGUACCAUGAUGUCCAGUUGAAACUGUGUGGAGGGGGCCGGUGGGAGUUAACCAAGCUAAAAGGAGGCAACGGAAGCUUAAAUCUCAGAGAAGAAGCCACGUGACUGCUGACCAAUGUCCCUGAAAGGAAGCGUCAAUGUGGGAGACGUAGCAGAAAAACACUCCUCAGUUACUAACACACAAGUGUCCUCAAACAAGGUGCUUUUAAACCCAGUUCCUCCAGUGGUGGUGGCUAACUGUGCACAUCCAGAUUGUAUGUAUUCAUGGAGGCGGGUAUUUUAACAUUUGAUAACAUUUGUCACUAGCUCGGUGAGUAGAAUACAAGGUUAAGAAAAUUAAGGGGGGUUGCAACAUUUUUCCAGACAAGAUGGCGGUUCUGCGGAUGCAAAGUGUACAUGACCCAAAGACUUUGCCAAAGAAAUCAUGAUAUUAAAUAAGGAAACAAAGGGGACUCUUUAGACUCCAUAGAUGUGCUUUUAUGUCAGAUAACAUUUGUUAACUGUGUUAUGUUUACAAUCACUACAUUGGAAUAUUUUAUAAUAAAAACACACAAUGUUCUUAUAUCAAAAGCAGAGUUGGAGCUGUUUUAUAGUUGUUUACUUGAUUUCAUUAAAAUGUCAUUUGUACAAUUAAAAACAAACAAUAUUUG